AUGUUAACAAUUUCAGUUUCUUUGCUAUUAAAAUUUUACCAUAAUAAUCAUGAGAGUCCCUUCGUUAUCCCAACGAUUAAGAAAUCAGGAUGGUCGCGUACUGGUGAUCUACAUCAUGUACGAUGUUUACACGCAGCAGUUCUUUUGAACAAUCAAAAGGUGUUAGUCAUUGGUGGUGCUGAUAGUAUUGGUGUGAAAGGUGUUAAUCAUGUCCUCAAAACAGCUGAAUUAUAUGAUCCAAUGAAUAAAACAUGGAGUGUGACUAGUGCCAUGAAUAGUUCGCGAGUCGGUCAUGCAAUAGUCACAUUGACUAAUGGAACAGUCCUAAUUAUUUCUGGUAGUAAUAAUGAUGAUACUAUCACUAGCGCUGAGCUAUAUCAUCCGUCCACAGAAACUUGGACACUUACUGGUAGCGUACGAUUUGGUCGUAAUGGACAUACAGCAUCUUUACUGACAAAUGGAAAAGUUUUGAUUGCGGGUGGAACUGAUGAAGAUUAUAAUCAAUUGAAAAGUGCUGAGAUCUACGAUCCAUCUACCGGAGCUUGGACAACUACGGGUAGUAUGACUUUUGGACGAGAUGCACACCAAGCAUGUGUCUUAGCUAAUGGAAAAGUAUUAGUUAUGGGUGGUAAUGGUAUUCCUCCUGAUGCCACGAAUACUGCUGAACUUUACGAUCCGUUGACAGGCACAUGGACGUCUACUGGCAAUAUGAAUACGGGCCGAGUUUUCCAUUCAGCAACUGUAUUAUUCAAUGGAAAGGUUUUAGUUACCGGUGGUAUGGAAAGAAGCAUUUUAGAAAGUGCUGAGUUGUAUGAUCCAGCGACAGGCAAUUGGACAAUGACUCGUAAUAUGUAUUCCGGACGAACUGAUCAUAAAGCUGUUUUAUUAAACGAUGGAAAGGUCUUAUUGAUUGGUGGAUGGGGUAAUAAUGCAUCUGCUCUUAGUAGUGCAGAAUUAUAUGAUCCAUCAGAGCAAACUUGGACAUUUGCUGGUGAUAUGAACUAUACACGAGACUAUCAUACAGCAACAUUAUUAACAAGCGGACAAGUGUUAGUAGCGGGUGGGUCUUAUCAGAAUACUCAUUUUCUGAAAACAGCUGAAAUAUACGAUCCAUCAACUGCACUUAUGUAG